CAGGGAGCCUCCAUGCCAAAAUGCCAGCCGGCAGCAAAUCACACUGUUCAAACUUGGCGUUAACAUUUAUUAGCAAAAACACAAUCUCCGUGGACUUGGCAUGGUGAGUCUAGCCCCAUGAAGUUUCCGAGACAGAGUCCCAACCUCCCCACAACCUUAUCUAUGCUCCCUCCUCUCCAGGACUUCUUACAAGCACACUGAGACUUCCUCUUCCUGCUUCUGCGAGAUGAGAGGGGAGCUUGUCACAGCAGGAGGGGGAGACCCCCCUGGCUACUUCACCAGCCAGACUCCUCUCCCUCCUGGCAGCGUCAGCUUCUGCCUCUGAUUCUGGACUGCUCUCUGCCACAGACUCACCCUGCUCACUCUUGCCUCUUCAGCUUCUGACGCUUCUCAGUCUUCUCCCUCUGAUCACUCAUCAUUGAGCCGCCAUCCAUCAGUCCCCAGGCUUUGAGUCUUCUUCACUUGGGGGGUUCCCCAGAUAGUUCCUCCCCCCCUUCCUCUGCAUCCAACCAGUGCAUGACACUUGGGGGCUAAAUGCAGCUCUGCUGACAGCUUCAUCUUGUCCUCAGGACUCUCCGCAGAUCACACCUAUCAGUGGCCUUUCUCAAGAGCUUAUGCCUGGCUGGUGGGUGUCCUUGAUCUCCAUCCAUGUCUCGUGCUGGCUUGGGCAGUGUGUGUGUGUGUGUGUGUGUGUGUGUGUGUGUGUGUGUGUAAAUAGAAACCUGGAGCUCUUGCAGUGCUAGAGUCUUGCUUACUGUGGACACAUUUGGAUUUCCAAGCAAGUGCCCUGGGUGCCACCCCCUCUGGUCACUUCUCUUCCCCCAUCCCACCCCCCUGGAGCCCCCCCCCACUGGCACAAAUCCACAAAGAAAGUGAGAGAUUUUCCAAGGGGCUUCAGGUAGAAAUUUGGUCCAGGGGAAUUAAUCCAAUCCUUGAAAACCAGAGUUGAAGGAGAGAGGCUGCAAGCAUGCCACAAGGGGUAAGGCUUCCAAAGGCCAGUAGCCACAGUCGCUGGGCUGCACCUCCACGGCCAGAGGCAGCAAUGCUGGGAGCCACAGGAGCAGGGAGGGCUAUUAUUAUUAUUAUUAUUAAUUAUUUGUAUCCCACCCAUCUGGCUGGGUUUCCCCAGCCACAACAAAGAUUAAAAAUGCCUCAAAAUGUCACACAUUAAAAGCUUCCCUAAACAGGGCUGCCUUCAGAUGUUUUCUAAAUGUCAGGUAGUUGUUUAUCUUUUUGACAUCUGAUGGGAGGGCAUUCCACAGGGCGGGAGCCACCACUGAGAAGGCCCUCUGCCUGGUUCCCGGUCGCUUUGCUUCUCGCAAUGAGGGAACCGCCAGAAGGCCCUCGGCGCUGGACCUCAGUGUCUGGGCAGAACGAUGGGGGUGGAGAUGCUCCUUCAGAUCUACUGGGCUGAGGCUGUUUAGGGCUUUAAAGGUCAACACCAACACUUUGAAUUGUGCUGGAAAUGUACUGGGAGCCUUGUGCUUGAACCCUCCCUGCCGGCUUCCCAUUGGGGUUGUCUGUUUGGCCACUGUGGGAACAGGAUGCUGGGCUGGAGGAGCCACUGGCCUGAUCCAGAAGGGUCUUCUGAUGUGUGCAGCCAAAAUGGGAAGGAGCACCACUCUUUCAACAUUCUUCUUCAGCUCUGUGUACUGUUCAAGAGGGAGAAAGGACCCACAUCACCUCCUGAGGACAGUGAGUUUGGGAGGGGGGUCAUCUGUGAUUAUUGCACAAUGUAUGCCUAGCUAAACUAAAAACAUCAGUGCUAUUUAGAAGAGCAUUAUGGCAUCCGAUCACAUUCAAAAAGUUGACGAAAGCCUCUCCUUGAUCUCAGGAACUACCAUGCAAAAUCUGGUAUCUUAAGAGGUCUCCAAACGAAGAGCGGACAAACAGACAGGCAACUUUCCUAAGUACAGAGUAGGCCAGGUGAGAGCUCCCUGCCCCAAGGAACCUCCAUUAAAUUCUGUAAACCUCAACUAUUAUAAGGCCCCAAUCUUCUGGGGCUUUUAAAUUGUUCUUUAGGAGUAAUUGCUUAGCCAUCCCUGUGAAUAAACAGUCUCCAAGCGCAACACGUUCUUGAGCAAAGGGAGGUUGAUCAGACCUAAAGGUUUUUGUGACAGUUCCAGCAGCCACCGCCCUGUUUCUCGCUAGGGUGGGUCCAUCCUGCAGCAGCCAAAAUGUGGUUUCUCGGUUCUGGGUGUGUAGCAACAUCCCCUUCCUCUUGUUUUGCUGGGUAGGGCACAUGCCACCAUGUUUUUUUCAGCAAAAAUACAAAAAGCAACCACAACAAUUUGGUCACCUCACUUUUGCCGGGAGAGAAUUGGAUGCUGCAGCCACCAGCACUGGGGGGCCAAAUCCAUCAGAGCAGGUGAGCCUGGAAGAGAGGGGAGUGGCAGCUAUUUAACUUUCCUCCUGUCCAUCUUUCCAUUCAUAAUUAUCCACCUGUCCACAUAAGCUCCCGCUUUCAGAACUGCACACAUCAUGCAUUUAAAGCACAUUCCUCCCAACCAAGAACUUCAGCCUCGUCUUCACAGAGUUACCGUUCCCAACACUCUUAACCAAACAAGAGUUCCCAGGAUUCUUCCAGGGGUGUGUGCUUUGAAUGCAUGGUGUUUCUGCAGUCCCUCUCUUGCCUUCCACAUCUGAGGUCCUGGUGACUUCAGAGGAUUCCUUCUUUCACGACAGAUUCUACAUCUAGACCAGUAUUGCUUACUCUGACUGGCAGUGGCUUUCCUCUGGUUGAGGAGGUUUGUUUGCUGUUUGAUCCUGGAGUUGCCAGGGAUGGGAUGUGGGGGUGGAUUUAUGCAAGGGCUACAGCUCAGUAGGUAGAAUGUGGGUUUGAGCCCCACACUGGGGGAAAUGUUCCUGUGUUGCAGGAUGUUGGACGAGAUUAUCCUUGGGGUCCCUCCCAACUCUACAAUUCUAUGGUUCCUUUCCCUGAAAAAAUAGGGAUCCUAGUCCUCAUGGUCCUAUUAAAAUAGGAAAUGUAGAAAUCUGCCUUACAAUGGCUCAGAUAAUAUCCUUCUGUCUUGUCUCCACUGACUGCUUCUUUGCCAUCUCCUGCUAAGUGAUUAUUUGAUAAAGGGAGAACCUGGGACCUUCUGCAUGCAGGACACCUGCUCUUGCACUGGCAGAGCGUCUGCUUUGCAUGCAGAAGGUCCCAGGUUCAAUCCUGGUCAUCUCCAGGAAGGACUGGGAAUGUCCCCUGACAGAAGCUCUGCAGAGACACAGCAGCCGCUGCAGACAACACUGAGUGAAAUGCUCCCGUGGGGGACUCAGAACAGGGCAGCUUCCUGUAUCCCAGUCUGAAACCGUCCUCCUUCUAGAAUCACGAGGAUUGAAGUCUUACUUUGGGGCAGAGGUGCCCAAGGAGGGUGGUACUGUCCGGGGGGGGGGCAGGGAGUAGCAUGGAGGGUUGGAAGUUUUAAUAAAUGUCUAUCCGACUUUGAAAAGCUGGUCUCUGAAUCAGCUUUGUCGAAUUAAUGAAACCAAGUAACUCUAAUUGGGUUUUGAAUCAAUGUGCACUUAAUUGUAACUGUUCCGAAUGUCAUUGUGUUAGCUCAGUUGGCUACAGCAUGGUGCGGGUAAAGGCAAGGUUGCCGGUUUGAUCCCUGAAUGGGACAGCUGCAUAUUCCUGCAUUGCAGGGGGUUGGGCUAGAUGACCCUCAGGGUCCCUUCCAACUCUACGAUUCUAUGAGAUUAUGCUCCUUCGUGGGUUGUGUUGACUGCUCUUUUAUAGGGAGGGGUUGUGGACGCUGGGGGUGAGUUUAUGGGACCAAGGAAAAGUUUGAGAGCCGCUGCUUCAGGAGAAAAGCAUUGCUCAGUCUGACCCACUGCAAGGCAGUUCCCUAUAUUCCAGGGUUCCUCGCCUGCAUUCAUCUCCCUCCUUCUGUGGUCUAUUCAGAUCUAUUUCCCUCUUCACUUGCCCGCUUUUCUGUCUCUCUGCUGCGGUUCCAGGCUUUCCACAUCCACCUGCGAUGCGUUACUUUGCUUAAUGCCUUUUCUUCUUCAUUUCAACACUUUGAUCCGAGAACUGGGGUGACGCACGGGGGUUGCUGCUGUGGUGUUUUUUUCCUUCCCGGCACCUAGAGCCUCAAUUAAGACUUGCAAAAGUUGCAAUGCGCAAAUCAUAAAGAACAUUGCAACGCAAGCCUCUGCAGAUGUGGAGAAACAGGACAUGACUUCUUUUUUAACAAAUAAAAUCCUGCAAUUUCUCUACGGAGCUUAGGCCGGCGUAUAGAACAUGCACGUGCCCUGAUUCCUUCCCUUUGUUUUUAUCUUCACAACGACCCUGUGGGGCAGGCAGGCCAAGGGUGCCACUGGCCCACGGUCACCCAGCAAGCUUUGAGCCCAUGGCCCCCUCCAGUUAUUCUGAAAUGAAUAAUAAUAUUCACUGUGAAGAAUACGGUGCCUAGACAGUCCCCUGUGGCGACCGUAACCCAGGAGCGGAAAGAGGCACGUGCCUCCACAGUUCUCUGUUCUGGGUGUUUGUGAGGGCAGAUUAAGGACGCAGGAAGCUGCCUGGUCCCACUUCCGCCUGGUCUCUCAUGCACACUCAAUCACACUCUUUCUUUCUGUGGGUGGGGCUUUGUUUUAAUUAAACAAUUUGGACAUAAAAAAAAUAGACCAGGCUGCCUUUCAGUCUGAAUUUACCAUUUAAGCAACUGCAUUUAGCAAAUAACUGCAGCACUAAGAGAACAAUAUAAGGCAAGAACAAUAACGCGAGUGGCAUCUGCAGAGAAAUGUUGCCGCUCGUGGCAUCUGCUUACACACCACAGGUGGUACUUGACCGCCUUUCACUUAGUCUGCCCAUUAAUGAAUGUGACCAUGUUAGUUCUAUUCAUUUCAAUAGGUAUACUCCGAGCAAGACUUAGCUGAACGGAUCUACUUAAAGCAACAAAAUCCAUUUAAGCCUACAUCAAGGAAACAAGUAUGGGACGCGGGUGGCGCUGUGGGUAAAACCUCAGCGCCUAGGACUUGCCGAUCGUAUGGUUGGCGGUUCGAAUUCCUGCGGCUGGGUGAGUUCCAGUCUUUCGGUCCCAGCUCCUGCCCACCUAGCAGUUCGAAAGCACCCCUAAGUGCAAGUAGAUAAAUAGGUACCGCUUUAUAGCGGGAAGGUAAACGGCGUUUCCGUGUGCUGCGCUGGUGCUGGCUCGCCAGAGCAGCUUCGUCACGCUGGCCACGUGACCCGGAAGUGUCUCCGGACAGCGCUGGCCCCCAGCCUCUUAAGUGAGAUGAGCGCACAACCCUAGAGUCGGACACGACGGGCCCGUACGGGCAGGAGUACCUUUACCUUUACCUAAGGAAAUAAGUAAAAAAAAUGAAUAUUGUAUACUGUUUUAUUUAAGCCACUUUGAUAUUUAUUUGAUUAAUAUAGAUGUUGCUCCGUAAAUCAAUAAAAUAUCAAAAUGCAUGGGGAACGAAAGGUCAGGUGAGCCGUUGCUGUUUCUCUACAGCUGUUUUUUUUUGGUAUGCAUUCUUCUCAGCAAAGCAAUAUCCUCUUCUCCCACACCCCUUCCGCAGCAGCAAAGGAACUUGCGGUUCCUCAAUACUUAUUCCUCUUCAUCCAGCGUCAUGCACUGAUUGACGGAUGAGUAAGAACAGAAAACGUGUUGUGCUCUGCUCUGAAAUGAUGCCACCGGAACACCCCCCCCAAAGGCAAUACCAGGAACUGCUAAAAAGAGGGAGCACAUCCUUAAAAAACAGGAAACAUGCCCUCAGGUGACCUCUUUCUCAUUUCCACAACCUCUCCUCAUUGACUCUCCUUUCUUCUCUUAAUUUUGCAGAAAUCUGGCCAAGAUGGAACUCUGGACCGGCCAUGGACCACAGGUGGGGCUCUGGUGAAAUUUGGGCAGCCAUAGUGAGGUUACCGCUGCUUGCUUCCCAACCAGGUGCAGAGACUGAGUGAGCUGCUGGUUCUUCUCAUGUUUGAGACCUUGUUUGGCAGCCAUCAGCUCAAGAAGACGCACAGACUUCUGACUUUCACCAGCAUCACACCUUGUGUCCAUUAUUGUGAGAUCCUAAGCAGUGGAUAUCACUUUGCCUCCAUCAAAGGCCAAGAGGGCUCCUGUGUUGCCUCAAACAAGUCUCCCCAAGAAUAGGCCCAGUUUUGUUUCCGUACUGAUCCAUCAAGCAAUCUAGAAGAUGACUGACAUGGAGCUCUUCAACUCCACCUCCUCACCCUCUCCUUGGACGGCCCUCCCCACGUCUGUCCCAGACCCCCGACUUGCUUCGGCCCAUCGCCCAGAACUCUGUUACCCAACGACGGACACAAACCACUUCAACAUCAUCCUGUACCAUUACAACUUCACAGGGAGGAUGCAGAAUCGCCGUCCCCAGGAAGACCAGAUGAGCGUCCUGAAGAUGGUCAUUAUUGCUGCCAGCUGCCUCAUCAUCCUGGAGAACCUGGUGGUGCUGCUGGCCAUCAUCCGCAAAGUGCGCACCCGCCGGUGGGUCUACUCUUGCCUGGCCAGCAUCACCCUCAGUGACCUCUUAGCCGGCACGGCCUACUUGAUCAACCUCUGGUUGUCGGGGAGUCGGACCUUCCAGCUGUCGCCCACCAUGUGGUUCCUCCGCGAGGGGGUCCUCUUUGUUGCCCUGGCGGCCUCCACCUUCAGCCUGCUGGUGACAGCCGUGGAGCGCUACAGCACCAUGGUGAAGCCCAUCGCCGAGAAGGAGUCCAGCAAGACCACCCGCCUGAGGGCCCUCUUCGCCUUCUGCUGGAUCCUGGCCAUCCUCAUUGGCCUCCUCCCCUUGCUGGGCUGGAACUGCAUCUGCCACGUCUCCCGCUGCUCCACGCUCCUGCCCCUCUACGACAAGAACUACAUCCUCUUCACUGUGAUCGUCUUCAGCAUCAUCCUGGUGGGCGUCGUGGGCCUCUACGCCUCCAUCUACUGCUGGGUCCAGAAAAGCGCCCAGCAGACCUUUUCUCGGGGCAGCCGGAAGAGGUCUCUGCGGCUGCUGAAGACGGUGCUGGUCAUCCUCUGCACCUUCCUCAUCUGCUGGACGCCUCUCUUCAUCCUCCUCCUGAUAGAUACCUUUUGGGGGAACACAGCCUGGGCUCCCCCUAAACUCUUUGGCUGGAUCUUGACCUUGGCCGUGACCAACUCAUUCAUCAAUCCCAUCGUCUACGCCUUGGGGAGCAAGGAGGUGAGGAGGGCUGUCGUGGAGCUUCUCUGCUGCUGCUGCAUCUGGGCUGGGGUGCGCGGCCCCCGAAAUUGCCUUGUUGCCAGCGAUAUCCAUGCCAGCUCUUCCACAGGCUCCUUGAGAGGGCGUGGCAGCUUCCGUAGCCCAGUAGCCUUCAGCAGGAGAACCAGAGAACCUCUCUCCAGCAAUUCAAGUAUGCUGAGCAAUGACACUUCAGGGCUGCAUCACACCCAGGACUAGAAUCUCCACUCUUCCGGACAUGAGGAGGAGAACCCUCAGAACGUGUCUAAAAGAUUCUGUUUUGCAUGUCUUCAGGUGGUUCAGAGGAAGACCAGAAACCUCAAAGACGACUGUAGUAAUAGCAGGGACUAUCCACCCCCCUGACCAGUCCUCCUAACCCCGGCAGAACCUGGCAGGAAGAGGGAGAGGUUGCUAGGUCAAACGGUAAAGUUGCCACCACCUCCUUUCCUGGGCCACCCUCAAAUGGGGCUCAAGGAGGAGAACCCUCCUUUGAUAUUUACCAGGUUGGCCAGCCCUGUGUCACUAUACCAUGACGCAGACAGAAAUUCAACAGGUAGGUGUCCUAAACAGCCAGGCACCAGUUUAGCUCCGGGCAAAAGUCCUUUUCCAAGUUUCUUGAAAAGGCCACUCAAAAAGUUGGCACAGUCCUUGAAAGUUUAUAAACAGAAAAUAAAAACGUUAUAAAAUAUAGCUAACUAAAAACCAUACUCAUGCAAUAACAGUUCAGAGCACAGCAAAUAGUCAUAGAAUCCUAGAGUUGGAAGAGACCACAAGGGCCAUCGAGUCCAACCCCCUGCCAAGCAGGAAACACCAUCAGAGCACUCCUGACAUAUGGUUGUCAAGCCUCUGCUUAAAGACCUCCAAAGAAGGAGACUCCACCACACUCCUUGGCAGCAAAUUCCAAUGUCGAACAGCUCUUACUGUCAGGAAGUUCUUCCUAAUGUUUAGGUGGAAUCUUCUUUCUUGUAGUUUGGAUCCAUUGCUCCGUGUCCGCUUCUCUGGAGCAGCAGAAAACAACCUUUCUCCCUCCUCUAUGUGACAUCCUUUUAUAUAUUUGAACAUGGCUAUCAUAUCACCCCUUAACCUCCUCUUCUCCAGGCUAAACAUGCCCAGCUCCCUUAGCCGUUCCUCAUAAGGCAUCGUUUCCAGGCCUUUGACCAUUUUGGUCAAAGUCCCUUUACUGGUCAAACGCUCUCAGGCAAAACACCAGGGCAAGAUGUUCUGCAAUUUGCAUCUAAAUUCCCCAAACCCUUUAUUCUUGAACACCCCAGAGGAGGAUCAUUUCUUUAGGUUAAUUACCAAUUUGCCAAUGGCUGUAUGAUGAGACUAUAUCUCCUGAUUGUCAGGAGACCAGCACAACUGAACUUUGUUUAUGCUCAGGAACCUUGAGAUCAAAAGGCUCUCCCCUCCUUCCUUCUCUGACACGUACCAGGCUCUUGAGUUGUAAAUUACUGGCACCUUUUCACCCCCAAUCCACAUUCAAGCCCCCAGCUGCCGGAUCUGCAAAUCAGAUAACAUCUCAACCUGCCCAGAGUCAGGAUGCAAUUUAGCUCACACUUCUAGAGACAGGGAGUUUUAUAUUUAAAAAGACCAGACAUCCAUUCCCCACAAGGCCACAGUUUUAACUCUCCCACAAUGCCUCACUCCAGCACGAACCAGCGUUUAACAUACCAAGCUUUCCCAACUUCACUGCAACGACAGCGCCAUUCCUGCAAUGUAUUCCCUGGAUGUGUAUUUUGUCUCACCGUUGUAUAUUUUUUAAAUCACAUAUAUGCAAGUCUGAACAAGAAAACUAUUUGAUUCAGAUUUUUCCACCAAGGGUGGAAUAUUUAACACCUUUGGAUUGAUGUGUGAAUUGCUAAUUCUUCUUUGCAAUCAGCCAAUCAGAAAUGGUGGGCUAUUUCCAUUUUACCCCUACCCAUUGAAAUUAAAGGACUUAGUAUACUUAUACUUUA